AAUGUAAAUGACAGAGGAGUAAUUAAGUGGGAACUAAUAAAAGGAGGUAUGAAAACAGAAGACUUUCAUAAGUUCAUUUCCAGUCUUAAUCUUCCGACUAACCAAAAAUGUUAUCUCUUGUUGGAUAAUCUUAAAGUUCAUCAUGCUACUAAAUCUUGCCAAAAGUUAGGGUUAACAACUAUUAAAGAGUUAUUGGCAAGCAAGAACAUUAUUCCUAUUUUCUUACCUCCUUAUACCCCAGAGUUAAAUCCAGUAGAACUAAUCUUUAACUUUUUAAGACAGAAUACUGAAAAAAAGAAGCCUAGAACCACUGAGGAAUUAAAGGUGUCCAUUAGUAAGGCAAUAGAACUUUUGAACCAGCAAGAUUUAACUAA